AUGGCGGACGAGAGCGGCAGCAGAGACGCUCUGUUAGCCGACCGGAGAAACAAAAUGUUCCAACGCUGCGUUUCACACGCCCAGGACGAGUUGAAGAGCUUCCGGUCCUAUCUCCGGUGGAUGUGCGUCGACCAAUCCAACGUAGGCAGGUUGUGCCUCUCUUGGAGUGUUUUCGUUGUUUUCACGAUCGUCGUUCCGGCGGUGUCUCAUUUCGUCUUUGCAUGCUCCUUCUGCGACGGCAAGCACAAACGGCCGUACGACAGCGUCGUGCAGCUGUCACUGAGCGGCGUGGCGACGUUGUCGUUUGUGUGCCUGUCGACGUUUGUGAGGAAGUUUGGGUUGAAGAGGUUUCUGUUUUUUGAUAAGCUUUACGAUGAGAGCGAGACGGUGAGGAAGGGUUACACCGCACAGCUCAAUAGAUCUUUGAAGGUUGUCUGCUGCUUUGUCAUACCAAGCUUUGUUGCCGAGAGUGUAUACAAGAUAUGGUGGUACGCAUCCGAAGCCUCGCAGAUUCCUUAUGUGGGCAAUGUUUAUGCAAGUGCCGCAAUGGCAUGCCUAAUGGAGCUCUUCUCCUGGCUCUAUCGCACGACCGUGAUCUUCCUCGUGUGUGUUCUCUUCCGUCUCAUAUGCUACCUUCAAAUCCUGCGGCUACAAGACUUUGCCACUAUGUUCGAAGUGGACUCUGAUGUUGGAUCAGUUUUAUCGGAGCACCUUAGGAUCCGGAGGCACCUGAAGAUCAUAAGCCACAGGUGCCGCGAUUUCAUAUUGUGGACACUCAUUUUGGUCACAGGGAGCCAAUUUGCUUUGUUGCUCAUCACGACCAAGUCCAGUGCCAUUUCCAGCCUUGAUUUUUACAGAGGUGGAGAACUUCUGUUAUGCUCCAUAACUUUGAACACCGGGCUCCUCAUCUUGCUGCGCAGUGCAACCAAAAUCACACACAAGGUACAAGCAGUGACAUGUCUUGCAGCUAAAUGGCAUGUCUGCGCCACAUUAGAUUCGUUUGAUGCGACAACGGCUCAGAUUGCCAGUAGUGGCCAAAUGUUCCGUAGAGAAUCCAGUAAGGAUGAUGAGAGUGAGGACGAGGCUGAGGAUGAAGAAGAUGAAUUGGACAACAGCAAGUUGAUACCAUCAUAUGCAUAUAGUACCAUCUCGUUCCAGAAAAGACAAGCUCUAGUGACAUAUUUUGAGAACAACAGAGCCGGCAUUACUAUCUACGGGUUUACCUUGGACAGGACUACACUACACAUGUUAUUUAUGAUUGAAUUUUCAUUAGUUCUAUGGUUGUUAGGAAAAACCGUUAAUGGCAUUUCAUAAUCAAGUAAGUUAGGAUUGCUUUCUUUCAUGCCUUCUUCUGUUGUGUUGUUAAUGUUCAUAUUGCGAUAGCAGGUUAGAGUACUGUGAUUUUUAUUUACUUAAAUUAAGGUAGCAACUCAUGGCUGGUUGGCUGGAAGAGGGGGAACGAGCGUCUUGGGCUCUGACCGCGUGCCUGUUGAAGAAUAUUGAGCCGUUCCCAACCUUGUAGAGCUGUGUAUUGUAAGUGAUCAGAACCCGCCCGGAGCGAGCCUCCCAUGUAGGCAAGU